AUGCCGGAGCUCUUAGUGCAUGGUUUUGUUUGUAGUUCCCUCAUCUCACAUGUGGGAGUCUUGCAAGUUCUGUUGCAUGGUUUCGUUUUUUCAUCACGUCUUGCAGAGGAUAAACGGUUUUUUCUUCUUCCGAUUAGCUUAGAUAUGGUUCAGGGGAUUAAUUUAUCCGUUGUGAAGGUUAAAUCUUCACCUAUUCCUUCGUAUAGCUACUACAGGAUGUCUCUCUCAAGGUCAUUGGUCCAGCUUAGGGAAUCGGUAGUGUACCUAUUCCUCUUGCAAAUCUCCUUGGAAUGUACCAAAUUAAGGUAG